AACUCAGCACCCGGUGGCAUCGGACUCGAGCGCAAACCACGCGAAAACGAAAACCUUGAGACUCUCCAACGGCGACUGCAAUACCAAAUGCGCAAACGUGGAAUUCUCGAAACUGACCUACUCCUCAGUACCUUUGCCAGUGAACAUCUGCUUAGUCUUUCGCGCGAAGAAUUGGUGGAUUUGGACUCGCUGUUGAGCAAUAUUGAUUGGGAUAUCUUUUACUGGGCGACUAAGAAGACAGAGGCUCCGGAGGCCGUUAAAAGAAUGGGUGUUUUUGAGAAGCUAAUGGAGCAUGCUGCAAAGAGGGGCACGGGAAUUGUGAGGAUGCCAGAUCUCGAGGAGACAAAAUAG